AUGCGCCAAAGUGGUCCAGCAAGACCAAAAGAGCCUCGAAUUCCCCGCAUGCCCCAGUUGCAUGAUUUCCAGUUUUUUAACACACAAAGGCUAAGUGAGCUGUAUGAAAAAGAAGUACGCUAUCUCAUGCAAACACAUCAAAAGAAUCAGUUAAAGGACACCAUAGAAGUGGAUGAACCGGAAGAGUUGGGAGACCCCUUAACUGCUGAAGAGCAGGAGGAAAAGGAACUGCUAUUAGAGGAGGGAUUUUCUACGUGGAGUAGAAGAGAUUUUAAUACUUUCAUUAGGGCUUGUGAGAAGUAUGGUCGGAAUGAUGUGACAAGUAUAGCUUUUGAAAUGGAAGGGAAAACAGACGAGGAAGUUGAAAGAUAUGCAAAAGUUUUUAAAGAAAGAUACAAAGAGUUGAAUGAUUAUGAUAGGAUCAUCAAGAACAUUGAAAGAGGGGAGGCUAGAAUUUCUCGGAAGGAUGAGAUCAUGAAAGCAAUCGGGAAGAAAUUGGAUAGAUACAAGAACCCAUGGCUCGAAUUGAAAAUCCAGUAUGGUCAGAACAAAGGGAAGCUGUACAAUGAAGAAUGUGAUCGUUUCAUGAUCUGCAUGGUUCACAAGCUUGGUUAUGGAAAUUGGGAUGAGCUGAAGGCUGCUUUCCGCACAUCACCUUUGUUCCGUUUUGAUUGGUUUGUGAAGUCCCGAACAACUCAAGAACUUGCAAGGAGAUGUGAUACUCUUAUUCGGUUGGUGGAGAGGGAAAACCAGGAGGUUGACGAAAGAGAGAGACAAGCCCGUAAAGAGAAGAAACUUGCAAAGAACAUGACUCCAUCAAAGCGUGCCUUGGCAAGGCAAGCAGCGGAGAGCCCUCCUCCAACUGUAAAGAAGCGGAAGCAAUUGUUGAUGGAUGACUAUGUGAGCUCGGGUAAGAGGAGGAAAUGAACUAUGAAAAUACAAAGCUAGCAUCUGGUGUUUAGUUUGCACCAGAACUAUUAUGGCAUGGUGUUGCUGUUGUUUUGAUUUCAUGAUUACACUGCUCACCUUAUCUUAUUUUUGUAAUUUUUAAUCUAGGCUUGGCAGAAGCCAUUGACUCAUCUGCAGAAGAGGGUAAUAUAUAAUUUAGAUUAUAGGUUAGGGUUGGGAAGUUGUAUAAAUGAGUAAAUACUGGAUAAUUUAGAAACCACCUCACUUAUGACAGUUGACUGCAUGAAAUAUUGUACUUGACUGUGUUAUGUAGUUUACCAAAUCAUCGAGAAACUCUGGUAGUUUUGAUUUUGAUUUUGCUUUGAUCUUGCAACAGUGGUAGCUUCUUAGUUGUUCCCUGAUCUGGGCUUUCUUGAA